AUGUUGCAGACAGGCGUGCACGAAGACAUUACCAGUAAUGCCUUACGGGACCACUCAUUACCUUUCUUCUACAAUAAAAAGAGGGUGUCUAGACAGCUGGUGGAGCUGGCGCAGAAGUACUGCAAAGAAGGCGCAGAGGUUUCUGCUUCACAUAAAUUUGAGUGCUUACAAACUCGAGAAGAGAGGCCUUGGGAUUGUCUAGACACCGUAGAGUUUGUUCUUGAUGAUGUAGUAGACUUCAUCGUUAAGGCGGGGGAAGCACAACGCAAAGGCGCUGCUGAUGAAGAGAAGAAGAAUUGA